AUGGAGGGGAAGACUUUGGACAAAAGUGAUGCCCCAAAGCAACAGGGUCUGCCUUUCUCCAUUGCGGAAAUCCUGAAGAAGCCAACAAGGAGGAGAGACAUUCCCAGGACAGUCAGAGGGGAUGCCCACCAGAGUGCUGCUGACACUCCAACACCAGAGGAAUUGCUCCUAGACCUCCCCCAGAGUCCCAGGCUGGUGGGGAAACAGGAGAAGAGCCCCUCUCAGAUGACACUGGCCUCAUCUCCUAAACCACUACUCCUUGGGGAGACAACCCCAGGGAGAUCAGCCAGCUCCCCAGAACCCCAAGAGACAGUUUCCCAGCUGAAUGACUUCCCAGCAACAAGCUCAGGAUUGAAGCCCUCAAAGGAAAAUAGGGGACAUGGAGGAGAGGAGGACCAUGGGCACAACUUUCUUACUGAGCACCCCCUACAUGAGGAGAGGAAAGGCAAGCAAAGAAUCCGCACCACCUUCACCACAGAGCAGCUCCAGGAGAUGGAGAGAACUUUCCAGAUCACCCACUACCCUGACAUCCAUGUCCGCAAUGAACUGGCAGCCAAGAUCAACCUCCCAGAGGCCAGAAUACAGAUCUGGUUCCAGAAUCAGCGGGCCAAGUGGAGAAAGCAUGAAAAACUUAGCAGCUUCAGGGGCCUACAGACCCUGACAGACAUGGACGUCAUCUCAACACCAAAAUUAGAUGUUUCUGGAUCCAGUCUGCUGCCCAGGGUCCUCCCCAGACUGGUUUACCCAAUUGGAUAUCAUUUUCCCAUGCAAGGACAGCUGGUCUCUGCCUGGUUCCCUCCCUACUUCAUGCCCAACACGUGGAAUACUCUGUCUUUCCCCAGCCCACAUUUGCCUCUGGACUGUGUCUCCACAUAUGGCAUUUCUUCUCCCCAACAUCCUGAAUGGGGAAGUCUCUGUGCUGGUUUCACAUAA